AUGGGUGAGGCUGGAGGUGGCACGGUGGAAGACGGAAAGAUGGGUGAAGCUGCUUAUGGUGGCACGGUGGGCGGCGGGAAAAUGGGUGAGGCUGGUGGUGGUAGUGGCGAGGUGGGCGGCAGGGAGAUGGGUGAGGCUGGUAGUGGCACGGUGGAAGACGGGGAGAUGGGUGACGCUGGUGGUGGCACAGUGGGCGUCGGGGAGAUGGGUGAGGCUGGUGGUGGCACAGUGGGCGGCGGGGAGAUGGGCGACACUGGUGGUGGCACAGUGGGCAGCGGGGAGAUGGGUCAGGCUUGUAGUGGCACGGUGGCCAGCGGGGAGAUGGGUGAGACUGUAGGUGGUGGCACGGUGGAAGACGAAGAGAUGGUAGAAGCUGGUGGUGGUGGCACGGUGGGCGGCGAAGAGAUGGGUGAGGCUGGUGGUGGUGGCACGCUGGCCGGCGAAGAGAUGGGUGAGGCUGGUGGUGGUGGUGGCUCCGUGGGCGACGGGCAGAGGGGUGAGGCUGGUGGUGGCAUGGUGGGCGGUGGCGAGAUGGGUGAGCCUGGUUGUGGUGGCACGGUGGGAGGCGGGAAGAUGGAUAAGGCUGGUGGUGGCACUGUUAGCGAUGGGCAGAUGGGUGAGGCUGGUGGUGGCACGGUUGAUGGCAGGGAGAUGGGUGAGGCUGGUGAUGGUGGCACAGUGGGCGGCGGGCAGAUGGCUCUUAGUCUGUCCCUUGUUCAAGCUCUUAGUCUGUCCCUUGUUCAAGCUCUUAGUCUGACCCUUGUUCAAGCUCUUAGUCUGUCCCUUGUUCAAGCUCUUAGUCUGACCCUUGUUCAAGCUCUUAGACUGUCCCUUGUUCAAGCUCUUAGUCUGUCCCUUGUUCAAGCUCUUAGUCUGUCCCUUGUUCAAGCUCUUAGACUGUCCCUUGUUCAAGCUCUACGUCUGUCCCUUGUUUUAGCUCUUAGUCUGUCCCUUGUUUUAGCUCUUUGUCUCUCCCUUGUUCAAGCUCUUAGACUGUCCCUUGUUCAAGCUCUUAGUCUGUCCCUUGUUUUAGCUCUUAGUCUGUCCCUUGUUUUAGCUCUUAGUCUCUCCCUUGUUCAAGCUCUUAGUCUCUCCCUUGUUCAAGCUCUUAGUCUGUCCCUUGUUCAAGCUCUUAGACUGUCCUCGUAUUACAGCUCUUAG